UGUCAUUCUCUGAACAGGUGGAAGCUCCGGUUCAACGAGCCUCUGUUGUUCACAAUAGAAAGGGCUCGGAGCCGGGGAAACACUUUAAAUUCACAUUACAGUGAAAGAAACGCGAACUCUUUGCCUUAAAUCACGCGUUGUUCGACAGUUUGGAGUAAUUAUGAGCGGUUUCCAGUGAGAAAUUAUGCGAGCGAAGAGCGAACAAAUCAACACAAACUGCGCAGUCAUAGUUUAAUGGGAGCGGUGACCUGAGCAGAUAUGCCUGCUGACGACAAGGUUGCCAUCCUGACAGAUGACGAGGAAGAGCAGAAGAGGAAGUAUGUCUUGGACGAUCCGUUCAACACCCUGUCGGUGGGUGAGCAGCAGGUGGAUGUGUCCACGACACCUGCGCCCCCGGCUGACACGCCGACGGAACCACCCUCAGCUCUACAGCGUGACAACAUUGACUGCUGCGAGAGGAUAUGCCUCCACAUCAACAGCCACCUGCUCGUCUCCAAAAUAUUCUACUUUUUCUUCUACGCCGCCUAUGGAUCACUGCAUCCCCUGCUGGCCGUGUACUACAAGCAGCUCGGCAUGUCGCCCAGCCGCAGCGGGCUGCUCGUCGGCAUCCGCUACUUCAUAGAGUUCUGCAGUGCCCCGUUUUGGGGCGUGAUCGCCGACCGCUUUAAGAAGGGGAAAGUCGUCCUGCUGUUCUCUGUGUUCUGCUGGCUGGUGUUCAACUGCGGCAUCGGAUUUGUCAAACCCGCUGAGAUAAAGUGCGUGGAAAAAUACCCCGUGACGACGACGGCGAUGCCCACGACCACCGUGAACCCUGCCACGACAACACUUGUGUUCAACAAUGACACAGAUCUGGGCAACUCAACCAACCACACCAGGCGUCGCCGGAGCCUUCUGGACCUUCCUAGUAUUUUUAAACACCUGGACUUCACUGUGCUCUCCAGGUUUAAACGAGACACUGACACUGACACUAACUCAACAUCACCCCCGUUUAUGCCGUUAAACACCACCCAGGCUGUGCCAAACACCACCCUGUCCACCACCACAACCACCACCUCUCCUGGACCAACCACUGCCAAGGAGUUCCAGCCCAUAUUCAACCAGGACCAGGUGGAGAAAAUCUUUCUAAUCAUUCUGCUCGUCAUCAUUGUUGGCGAGUUCUUCAGCGCCCCGGCUGUCACGAUCGUGGACACAAUCACUCUGCAGUACCUCGGCAAAGCGCGCGACCGCUACGGCCUGCAGAGGAUGUGGGGCUCCCUGGGCUGGGGCAUGGCCAUGCUGCUGGUGGGAAUCUGGAUCGACCACACGCACGUCAAAGUCACGGUCGAAGGCGAGGGCUGCGUCGUGCCCGAGUACCAGCACAACUACCAGCUGGCCUUCAUCGUCUUUGGGGUGCUGAUGGGCUUGGCGCUCAUCGUCGCCACUCAGUUCUACUUUGAGAAAGGGGGGAACCAUCAGCACGAGCUUCCGGAAGCGGUGGUGGAGCAGACGCCGGAGACCAGCACCUCAGACCAGACUUUCAGCAGCCCCGACGCCCCUCAGGAGUUCCAGUACAGUGACCUCCUGAAGCUUCUCUGCAGCGUGCGCUACAGCUCCGUGCUGUUUGUCGCCUGGUUCAUGGGCUUCGGUUACGGCUUCGUGUUCACCUUCCUCUACUGGCAUCUGGAGGACCUGAAGGGGACGACCACGCUGUUUGGUGUCUGCUCCGUCCUGAGCCACAUCUCUGAGCUCGCCGCUUACUUCACCAGUCACAAGUUCAUCGAGCUGGUUGGACAUGUCAGAGUGCUGUACAUUGGCCUGGCCUGCAACACAGCGCGGUACUUGUACAUCUCCUAUUUGCAGAACGCCUGGACCGUGCUGCCCAUGGAGGUCCUUCAAGGUGUCACUCACGCUUCAGUUUGGGCGGCGUGCAUCUCCUUCCUGAGCGCCGCAGUCCCUCCAGCGCUGAGGACGUCGGCGCAGGGAAUCCUGCAGGGCCUCCACCUGGGUCUGGGCCGCGGCUGUGGAGCCAUGGUGGGAGGAGUGUUUGUCAACUACUUUGGUGCUGCAGAGACAUUCAGAGGAAUAGGCAUGGCCUCACUCGUCAUCCUCCUCAUAUUUUCCUUCAUCCAGUGUUUGGGCGGAGGGAUUGAGGGCAAAGAGGACAAGAUGUUGGCCGAGAACGUCCCAGUCCCCUCCAGCCCGGUCCCCAUCGCCACCAUCGAUCUGGUUCAGAGCCACAACGGCGUUGGUGGCCCCACCCCGGGCCUCCAUUCUCCCGUCUUACCCGUCAGGAAGACCAAGCACCAGGAGGAUCAGGAGGACGUGACCCGGCCGGCGUGGAUGCUCUCCGGAUCCCCGUGGGUCACCGUCGCCUUUGCCAUCUUCCAAAUCAAGGAGAUGAUGAACAUGGCCAAACUUGGCGGACCUCCACCAGAGACUCGCCCCCUACAGGUACCUAAUGAUCAGGAGGCGACUGAGAGCGUUAAUAUGGAGGAGGAGGAGGAGGAGGAGGAGGAGUCGCACAGAAAUUCAGGUGACGACAACACAGAUCCACCGCCAGCCACCUCAGAACCACCCACACAACCUAACACCACCCACCCAAAUGAAGACCAAACGCACCCGUCCUCAGACAGAGGAGGGCCCACAGAAGACCCAGCUGUUAUAGCAGAAAACACAGACUGACGUUUUAGGUUUCAAUUAUUUUUUUACCCACUUAAGCUUCAAACUCUAGGUUUUAUUGCUGCAAAAACACCCAUCUCAACAAAUCACAGAGUCUUAAAUCUUACGUGUCGGGUCCUUUCUGAAGUGGGAUCAAUGGUUAAUGGUUUUUAAGACUUAGACUUGUUCGAAUGGGUGUUUUUUUUUUGCAGUUGGGACUUUGUCGUGAACGAUUAAAUGACAAAAAGAGCCGUGUUUGGGCCGCAUUUUGCAAAUCCGACACGCCUCACAACUGCACUAUAUUAUUAUUACAACUGCCGUUUGUCGGCGGAGUGUGAAGGAAAGUCCUUCGAGUGUGAAGAAUGUGCCUCUCAAUAAGUUAUUUGUCGAUUUAUUUAUAUAUAUAAACAUAAAAAAGGGAAGUCAAUUUGUAGAUUUUAAAUGAAGCAACAGCACAAUCGUGACACAUUCCAUUCAUUUUCACUGGUGAAUUAGGUUUAAAACUUGAGCAGAUAUUUGCAUGCGUUGUUAUAAAACGGUUCCCAGUUGUUAAUUCACCACCCGUAUUUUUCAUAUUGACUGUGGACCAGAAACCAGAAACUUCAGGAAAUAUUGGGUUUUAAAUAAAACCUUUUAAAUAUUCAUACUUCGGGUAUGACUUUUCCAAAAAAAACCACAGAUUUAAUGUUUUCUGCUGCAGGCCGCAGUGUUAGCUUUUUAUGAGACGCGACACACCUGUUCUGUCAACAGUUUGUUUAGAGCUAUUUUAAUCUGGGUUCAGGCCACAUUAAUCUUAAUUUAAUCAUGAAAAGUUGUUAUAUGCUGCUGCCAGACUAGUUUUUAAAAUGUACUCUUUAUUUUAUUUAUUUUUUUGGCUGCAACACAAAAACCAUUCCUUAAAUUGCAUCAUGUGAGGGUUUUAAAAAAAGGGAUGUAAAAGUCUGAAAAUGAACCUGCCGAAACUUGCAGAAACACUGCUUUUAUAUCUUCUUACCGUCUCUCUUUUGCUGAAUCUUACUGUGUCCUUGGCAACGCUGUAUUAAAACGGUGUCUGUGGACGAGGGGGUCUGAAAUAAUAAUAUUAAUAAUUAUUAUUAUUAUUAUUAUUAUUAAUAAAUGAAACAGUGUUUGUCAAACUCGUGACAUCGACUUCAGUUUCCAGCGCAGUCACAGUACACUAAGUGGAUCUGCGGUGGAAAGAUGUCACAGCAUGCAUUAUUUCAGAUUUCACCAUCCUCGUGCUUGUAUAUUUUCCUGAUGAGCACUUAACUGUAGAAGGAGCUGGAAAUGAAGAAGUGCCUCAUUUUAAACUGACUGUACGCCUUUAAAUCGUCUUUGUCGUCUUAACUUAUUAUUACAAAGAUGUCAAGCAAGGAUCCCUUUACUGUGAGAGAGAGAGAGAGAGAGCGCUCUGUCAUCUUUAUUGCAUUUAUUGGGGGUUUUUUGUUUUUGUUUUUUACCGUGAAGGUCAAUUUCACUGCUUUCGUAUUUAAAUAACUGCCAAUAACUGACACGCCGUACCUGCUGUCUUUGAUUUCAAUGCCAAAAAUGCCCAGUAUUCCGUGUUUUUGAGGUGUUUCCCCAAGUAGGAACGUAUGUUUGGAAUUGAAGAAAUUCUGUUUACUGUUGAUAGCUUAAAGAUUAAAGGAGGUUUUUUGGGGGGAAAAAUAGCAGCAAAGUGUGUUUCUCUUUGUGUGUGUGUUUAAGUCUUGGAAGCCAGUAUCAGCACUAGAAUGCAGUAUCACUGUAACCACCAUAUUACCAGAAUUAUUAAAGGUGUUGAUGAAAAGCA